AUGCCCAAGGACUUAGGAGCUGGACUAUAUGCCCGGGUGAUCAGUCUAGUUCCUUUCGGAUCUCAGAGUAUAUCGUCGAAUAUUAAGGCUAGGUCCACCAGCGAAGUUUACGAGCUCACUGUGGAUUAUGAUCUGGCUAGUGCCGCGACCGAGGAGAAGGGCGAUGUCAACUUCCGUAAUGAGAUCACUAAUAGUCCCGGCUCCAAAAAGCGCAAAAGAUGGUUCGGAGCUUACGAUAAGUGGCUCAAGAAAAUAACUACGAUUAUGAAAGAUGAGAAGAGUUCCAUCCCUCUGGAUUACAUUGAAAAGAUCAAGCUGUUCCACGCCCAUGCUCAGUGCCCCAAGACUAAUAUAGAUGCAAUAUUCGAUAUUGAUGCCGACAUCUCACUGGCUUUGGAUGGCCAAUACGGUUAUUACUUUGAGGGAUCUAUCCUACCUACACCCACGCUGAUCUCGGCGUACGGUUAUUUCUCUAUCGCACCGAUGGCCGCGAUUCUCAUUACUCUCAGAGCAGAGGCCGUGAUACAGUCCGACAUAGGUGUGGUCGAACUCUUUAGUGCAGGAUUCCCCGGUCUCUCUGUGAAGGGUCUGAUCAGCAUUAGUCCUGAGCUGGCUUUGACAGGCCAUCUCAAAUGGGACCGCACCGAGGUAUAUUUCCCUCAGGAUGUAGCAGUGACUCUUACCCCUGAGGUCCGAUUCGGCAUUUCCGUUCUUGGGGGCGACCUGAUGUCGGGAUAUGUGACGGCGGGUAUUGCUAACACCAUCAAGCUGGGUAUAAAUGCCACUGCAAGUGUUUCGGGUGAUGGUUCGACUAGUGCCGGAUUCUGUUACUGGGCAGACUUCGUCUAUUCCAUCUUUAUCCAGGCAAAUGCCUCAUUUAUCGAUGGCGCCGCCUAUUAG